UCACCUCUGACUUCUCCUCCUCCUCCUCUUCCUCCUCUUUGUCCUCCUCCCCAUCGUCCUUGUCCUCUUCCCAAACCUCAGACAGUUGUACAGGCACCCUGCUUCCCUCUGGGGAGUCUCCUGAAGAUGGAGGGACUGAACACCAGCUUCUGAGGGGAAAGAUCCAACUUGAUGUCAUCAAGCAGCAACUGGAGCUUCACCUCCAGAACAGGAUCAACCGCCAACAAAAUGUUCCUCCAAAGAGAGUCCAGGAGUCACUUAGCCUGCAGCUGCCCCCAUGUGGAGACUGGGAGAAGGGAGGAAUGACCCUGUCCCAGAGUCCCAGCCAGAUGGAGAAAAGUCGUGAGCUGCAACUACUCUCAGACAGCCCUAAUUAUUCCUCCCAUAGCACCCAGGACCUGAAAAUCAAACUCCAUUACUCUGAGGAAAGCUUCCCUAGCUGCUCGCCUACUUCAGUCUCUUCUGGUCAGAAAGAGGAGACCACAUCCAAAGCUUAUUCAGAGCAUGCCCAAGAUCCAGAUACUGACCCUCCUAGAGAACCUGUCCCAGGGCUCGGCAUCAUUUCUUACUCCAUUUCUCCAUCCUUCUCUCCACCUUUCUCAGCCUACUUGGCCUCCUCUUCCUGUGGAUGCUCCUGCAGUGUGACAGACAUCCUGGCUCCUUCUGAUAUCUCCCCUGAUGAGGAAAGGACAAAACAACUGAAGAUGAGGACCAGGAUCCGUCAGGAUGAUUUUAAACAGCCACCUGAGUUUCAGAUGCAGAAAAGGCCCAUGGAGAAGCACAGGGAUAUUCCCCAGAUAAUACAGAAACCUCAGAUUCUGUUCUUGCCCGAAGUUGGGGACCGAGAGAGGGGAGGGAUGGCCUGGUCCCUGAAGCCCAGUCAGAUAUGUGGGAGUCGUGGAUGGCCAGAGGCCAGUCUGUAUGACCCGAUCACCCUCCUGGAGACCAACAUCAGGCAGAAAUACCUGGCGUUCCUUCUGGGCCUGCACGACCCCAUAUAGACCCAUCUGUGUUUGUGAUAGGGGAAGGAAGAACCAACUUGGCCUCAUCCCCAAUCCCGACUUAGAAGCCUGUCACAGAGGGCACAUUCAAUAUGGAGUGAGCUCUGUCCCUCUGGUGGCUCCCCACGUACUGAUUCCUGAGCCCAAAAUUGCUAUCUGCCAUGGUGGCAGCAGCUGGAAACUGGUGUCUGUAAGGCCCUUGACAUCCCUCAAUGAAUAUCUAAAAUAAAG